AUGGUGGACCAGCCAGGUGAUGGACCUGCCGCUGGCGUUGCUGUGGUACCGGUUACGUUUUCAUUUGAGCCGUUCAAUGCUGCCACAUCGAAAUUUGAUCGAUGGGUGGAGCGGCUGCAAGUUUCCUUUCGGAUUUACCACGUUCAAGAUGCCGAUAAGCGCGAUUACCUUCUUCAUCAUAUGGGCGGCGCUACCUAUGACGUGCUAUGCAACAAGCUGAAGAACGGCGAACCGGACACAAAAAGUUUUGAUGAGAUUGUGGCUCUGCUGAAGGAUCAUUUCAACCCCGAUCCUUUGGAAAUUCUGGAAAAUUUCAAGUUUUCAAGCCGCAAGCAGCUGGAGCACGAGUCUUUGAGUGAGUACCUAAUGGAUUUGGAGAAACUUGCUCAAACGUGCAAUUUCGAAGAUCACUUGGACAAAGCCAUACGGAACCAGUUCGUAUUUGGCAUCCGGAAUCGUGUGAUACAGUCGCGGUUGCUGAAAGUUAGAAAUUUGACCCUGGACAGGGCAAAGGAAAUCGGAUUUGGGAUGGAAAUGUCACACCGUGGCACCGAUGAGAUGCACGGAUCCCGAUCGAAGAACGAGGUGCAACACAUCGAGCACGGAUCCAAGAAAAUGAAAAAGAAGAAGUCUUUCCAGUUGGCGGGUCAGUCGAGUACAAGUCAGCAUUCAAGCAAAUCUAAUGGAUCGAAAAAACAAUGUUUCCGUUGUGGAUGUUCGGAUCACUUUGCGGACAAGUGCAAACACAAGACGACCGUCUGCAAUUUCUGCAAAAAGAAGGGACACUUGGAGAAAGUGUGCCAGUCCAAGGCCAAGGAAAAGGGGACAGAUGAAGCACACCACUUGGAGGAACACUGCGUUGUCAAGGACGUGUUUCAGAUGAACGCUGUUCGAGGUCAUGCUGGGAUUCAAGCUUCGCUUACCGUUCGAAAGGAUACCAAGCCGAUGUACGUGAAGGCUAGAUCAGUUCCAUUUGCAGUGCGUGGUGCGGUCGAGAAAGAGAUCGACCAGUUCGUAAGUGAUGGUAUCUGGGAAAAGGUGGAUCACUCUGAGUGGGCCACUCCUGUCGUUCCGGUGAAAAAGACGGGCGGUAGGGUACGAUUGUGCGGUGACUAUAAAAUCACAUUGAAUCCGUUCUUGCAAAUUGACGAUCAUCCUCUUCCUACCGUGGAAGAACUUUUCGCAACCAUUGCCGUGGGAGAGACCUUUUCAAAGCUGGAUCUAUCCCAGGCCUAUUUGCAACUAGAAGUCUGCCCGAAGGAUAGAGAUUUACUUACUCUAAGCACGCAUCGUGGUCUUUUCCGUCCCACGAGACUAAUGUACGGUGUCGCUUCCGCUCCGGCUAUAUUUCAGCGUCUUAUGGAGCAGAUUCUCCAAGACAUACCCGGUGUAACUGUCUUUAUCGACGAUAUUCGUGUCACUGGCCCUGACAGUAAGACACACUUGCUUAGACUUGAAGAGGUGUUCAAACGUUUGGAUAGGUACAAUUUGCGCGUAAAUAGAGAGAACUUCUUCUCAGACCGAAUCGAGUAUUGCGGUUAUAUGGUUGAUAAAGAAGGAAUUCACAAGUUGCGUGAUAAAGUGGAAGAAAUUCAGAACAUGCCGGUUCCCAAAAACAAGGACCAGGACGUCCCAUUUGUUUGGAGUAAGGAGUGUGAGAAGUCUUUUGCGUUCGUUAAAAAGGAAAUGCAGUCUGAUAGGGUUUUAGUCCACUAUGACCCCACAGUUCCACUGGUGUUAGCCACCAAUGCUUCGCCCUACGGUGUAGGGGCGGUCCUCAGCCAUCAGUAUCCUGAUGGGACUGAGCGACCAUUGCAGUACGCUUCGCAGACUCUUACUCGAACACAGCAAAGGUAUUCGCAGAUCGAUAAAGAAGCUUACUCGAUCAUUUUCGGUAUUCGGAAGUUUUACCAAUACUUGUACGGUCGUCGAUUCACCCUUGUGACUGAUAAUAAGCCCAUCAGUCAAAUCUUCUCAGAAUCCAAGGGACUCCCAACUAUGUCCGCAAUGCGAAUGCAGCACUAUGCGGCAUUUCUGCUAGCUUUCGAUUACAAGAUCCGCCACCGUCGGUCAUCGGACCAUUUCAACGCUGAUGCAAUGUCUCGCUUACCCUUACCCCGAACCGAUUCUGAAUCGGAGAUUGAGGAACCCGAUGCUGUCGAGGUGAAUACAAUACAAACGCUUCCGCUUACAGUUGACGAACUAGGUGCAGCUACUCUUUCGGAUGACAGUGUUAAUGAGUUAGUACGUGCUCUAAGAUCAGGAAAGAGAGUCGACGGUAAAUUCCGUUUCGGCGUUGAUCAGGAGCAGUUUAGCUUACAGAAAGAUUGUCUUUUGCGUGGUAGUCGGGUGUAUGUACCACCUUCGCUGCGGAUGAAGGUUCUUCGUGAACUUCAUUCGACGCACUUCGGUAUUUCAAGAAUUAAGUCACUUGCUCGUAGCUACUGUUGGUGGGUAAAUAUCAAUAGAGACAUCGAGAACCUUGUUAAGGACUGUCCGACCUGUCAAGCUACCAAGGCUAAUCCGCCAAAAGUUUCGUUCCACUGUUGGGAUACACCGAGUGAACCGUUUCAAAGGGUUCAUGCGGACUAUGCUGGUCCAUUCCUGGGAUUUUAUUACCUGAUUUUGAUUGAUGCGUUCUCAAAAUGGCCUGCUGUUUUCGUGGUCAAGAACAUGACUACAGAUACAACAAUUCGUAUGUGCAGAGAGUUUUUUAGUACUUAUGGUCUUCCAUCGGUUUUCGUGAGUGACAAUGGGCCUCAGUUUGUUUCGGCAGAUUUUAAAAAGUUCCUAACACUGAACGGUGUUGUCCAUAAACUCAGUGCACCAUACCACCCUGCCACAAAUGGACAGGCUGAGCGUUUCAUACAGACGAUGAAAGCUAAGCUGAAAUCUUUGGAUUGCAAUCGCUCUGAGGUACAAAGCGAGAUUUGCAACAUUCUCAUGGCGUAUCGUAAAAUGAUUCACCAUUCCACUGGAUACUCCCCGGCGAUGCUAGUGUUCGGUCGCCAGAUCCGCUCACGGCUCGAUCUCAUGGUCCCUUCGAAGGACCCGAACAGAAGCGAAGUUCAGUCUAAAGUUAGAGAAUUAACUGUAGGAGCCAAGUGGGAAUUCGGGACUAUCAAAGAGCGACUUGGUAAGCUUCAUUAUUUGGUACAGCUUAGUGAUGGACGGGUCUGGAAACGUCAUAUUGAUCAACUGCUGUAG